AUGGAUUACUAUUACAAAGGUGAAGUUCUAGAGAACAUGAAUGGAUUAGAUUUAUUAUGCAAUAAUCUAACAGAUACCAUCCCUUUUCAAAUUGGAGACCAAAAACAAAUCAGAGCAUUGAAUCUAUCACAUAAUUACUUGUCGGGUCAUAUUCCAAAUACUUUAUCAAAUCUUACCCAAAUAGAGAGCCUUGACUUAUCAUACAAUAACUUGAGUGGUAAGAUACCUUAUGAAUUAACCCGGUUGAACUCUUUAUCAAUCUUCAAUGUGUCAUACAACAACCUUUCUGGAACACCACCUAGUACAGGACAGUUUGCAACCUUUGAUGAAGAAAGCUACAGAGGUAAUCCGGUCUUCAAUCACUACAACAAAACUGCUUUUUAG